GCCUAUCAAAAUGAUCUGUUUGGAAGUUAAAUGGCCCUCCAGCUAAAACUGUGAUGGUUUAUAUGUGCCACGUCAAGAGGGUAAUGUGAGAGGGGCGCUCUUUAUGAAUUCUGCACAAUAUCAACCUUGUGUCCUAGCAUCACUAAGUGUGACUGUGUGACAUGAUGCUCUUUCUCCUUGUUGCUCUUUUCGCCUUUGCUAAUGGGGCUCUCAUCCCAGAACCAGAAGUGCAGAUAGAAGUUCAGGAGAAGCCAUUCAUCUGCCAUAGGAAAACCAAAUAUGGAGAUAUGUUGCUGGUUCACUUUGAAGGAUUUCUUGAAAAUGAAACUUUAUUUCACUCAACUUACAAAGAAAACAAUCAACCUGUGUGGUUUACACUUGGUAUCAAAGAAGUUAUUAAAGGUUGGGAUAAAGGUCUCAAAGAUAUGUGUGUGGGAGAAAAGCGCAAGUUAGUGGUUCCUCCAUCACUUGGUUACGGUAAAGAAGGGAAAGGAAAGAUUCCUUCAGAAAGCACCCUCAUAUUCCACAUUAAACUCAUGGAAAUCCGAAACGGACCAAGAUCCCAUGAAUCUUUUCAGGAGAUGGAUCUGAACGAUGAUUGGAAACUGUCAAAAGAAGAGGUAAAAGCCUAUUUGAAGAGUGAGUUUGAGAGGCAUGGAACUGCUGUAAAUGAAACCCAUCAUGAAGUCCUUGUUGAGAGUAUUUUUGAAAAAGAAGAUGAGGAUAACGAUGGAUUUAUUUCUUCCAGAGAAUUUACAUAUGUUCACGAUGAGCUUUAAGAACUGUUUGUGUGCUGCAAAUACUUUAGGGAGCAGUGAAACUUGUGUUGCUUAGAUCUUACAAUAUUCAGCGAAGUUCAGAACCAGCUUAUAGGAUGUAUGGAUCUAUGCUUAGUAAUUAUUACCUCAGAGUUAUCAAAGAGUACUUGUCUGUCCUUUUUAACUUUAAAAAAAACUAUUCUUCUAACUGCAGCAAAUAUGAAACAAUAGGAUUUGUUAUCUGAGUUUUUAAUUGCUGCUUUGUUGGUUCAGAAUGCAAAAGCAAAAAUAUCCUACAGUUCUAUAUCCAAUACUGGGCACUUAUUGCAGUGUCUAAUAUUCAUAGAUUAAAGUCUGUUCACAUUGCCUUUUGUAUAUGUAAGUGCCAACCUGGUAUUACUACUAGCCCUGCUCAGUCAAUAGAAUUCUCACAUUUUGCUUUAGUUACAAGUGGUAAACUGCAGGUACAAAAACAUUUGAAGUUGUAAUUUUCCAUGUUGAACCUUGUUACAAUAUAAACUGUUCAAUAUACCACAUCACUUCUGUUUGAAAGACUGCCAGUAUAGUUUUUUUUUGUUUGUUUUUUUUAUUUGUAAGUUUUGAUAUUUUCUUUAAUGGGUUAAUGGAUCAUAAUCAAAAUGACAUUAAAGUAUUUGAUACAUUCAUUAGCUACCAAAAGACUGCAUUGCAAUAGAUCUGCACACUAAAGAAAUGUGUGAAAAGAAAUUAAAACUGUAAUAUUGUUACAGUCCUGAAAAGCCUCUUUGAUAUUAAUGUACCUAUUUUGCUGUGGCCAAUUGUAGGACAGAUAAAAAUGAGCUGCUCCACUGAUCAUGCUCUCAGUGUGUAGCAAGGAUUCUGCCUAGAUUCACUUCAUUCUAUCUGGAGGCAGUGCAAAAAACACGCGUUAAAUUACAAACUAAGCAAGCAAAAUAUUUUAGUGGGGUUUUUUUUCUAUGCACAGUCAAAAAAUGUUGAGGGUAUUUCGAGUUGAAUUUUUUUUUAGUGUUUUCUGUUUUAUAUGCAUCUUUGUUAACUGAUACCAUUAUCCACAAAAUACUGAGCAGUAAUAUGGGAACAAAAUCUUUUUUUCCUUUUUAAGUUUCUAUGACUCAUUUUGAUAGAAUAAUAUUUAUACAUUUAUGUUUGAAGUUUUUCUAUGUUUUUGUUUUAAUAUUGCUCAAAUAAAAGUGUAAGAAAAAAUUGUUGUGGUGAUAAUUUAACUUUCAUAGAACAGAGUUGACUCUUCUGCUCUACCUAAUAAUACAUUUUUACUUUUUUAGGACCAUCAGAUACUAGUUCAUAUGUUAAAAGUUCAGUUAAAAAUAUACUAUUUUUCUUCACAUUUCAUAAAAAAAAUCUUAACACGGACUCCAAGAGAUUUUCAUGAUUAAUAAUAAUAAACUUUUAUUUUUUUAA